UGGGGAGAUUCCCGUUGGGGCCUUUGGUGGCGUAGGCGGAGCACAAGCCCAGCCCCACAGGUGAACUCACCUGAUGGUCCAGGUGAGGGGCAGGCCGUGGGGGACAGGCUACGCAGAGGGGCACGGGAAGAGCAAAACCGCAGGGACCGAGGCUGGGCCAGGCCGGAGCUGUUGUACCAUCGUCCAGCACCAGGUGGGCUUGGGGCAGAGAGGAAGCAAGAGCGCGGUGGGGAAGAUGCGGCCUGCGCUGUGGACGCUCUGUGCGGUCUGGGUGGCGGCUGAUGCCAUCUCUGUGGAAACCCCACAGGACGUUCUUUAUGCUGCCCGGGGAGCAAGCAUUACCCUUCCGUGCACCUACCAAACCUCCUCCCCCAACCGAGAAGGAUUCAUCCACUGGGACAAGCUUCUGAGGAGCCAUUCGGAGAAGGUGCUCACCUGGACCUUUCAGCACAAGGAGUACAUCUACGGGAACCUUUACAAGAACCGGGUCAGCAUAUCAGACAGCGCCGAGCAGUCGGACGCCUCCAUCACCAUCAGCCAGCUGACCAUGGAUGACAAUGGCACCUACGAAUGCACGGUCUCCCUGCUGGCGGACCUGGGUGGCACCACCAAGUCACGCGUCCGCCUCCUGGUCCUCGUGCCACCCUCCAAACCAGACUGCCGCAUCGAGGGGGACACGGUGAUUGGGAACGACAUCCAGCUGAUCUGCCAGUCAGAGGAGGGCUCCCCGGCCCCUCAAUACAACUGGAAGAGCUACGACAUCCUGCACCACGAGCGGCCCGCUCCCCCAGCCUCAGGGCAGACCUUCUCUCUGAGGAACAUCUCCGCGGACAUGUCGGGCUACUACAUCUGCACCGCGAGCAACAGGGUGGCGGCCGCGUCCUGCAACAUCACGGUGGCGGUCAGACCUCCCUCCAUGAACGUGGCCCUGUACGCGGGCCUGGCGGGCGGCCUGGUGGCGGCCCUCAUCCUCCUGGGCGUCGGCGUCUACUGCUGCUGCUGCAGGAAGGCCGAGGCCGCGGACACGAGGCCGGACCGGGCCGCCUACCGGGAGCCCCCGGAGCAGCUGAGAGAGCUUCCCGGGGGGCGCGACGAGGACUACGGCCCCGAGGACCGCAGGAGCGACGGGCGCCAGUCCCCUGACCGCGCCGGCCGGUGACAGCCGCCUGGGGCUCCUCCCCAGCCUCCUGCCCCCUCGGCGUCCCCAGCCCCAUUUUCCCGACCCUCCUCUCCACUCACUGCGGGGGACACCGACACAGAAAAGGCUGGAGGACUUGGCGUGGCCCGGCUGUGGGGAUGUCACUCGGGACUGCCUGCCGGGCGCCGCUACCUGGAAGCCACCCGGCCUUCACCCUGGAGCGGCCCAGCGGCCACCCACUGCGGGCAGGAGGUUCAGGCAGCUUGUCUGCAGCGGGCCCGGGAUUCUCGUGUCGUGGGACUCUCUCCGGGCCAGAACAACUGGCAUGCCGUCGCCGGCUUCCUGGCCCCUGACCCCCGCCCGGCCCGCCCUUCCUGGCUGGGUACUGGCUCUGCCCGGCAGGUUGGGGCCGCGGCGCCCCUCUCCAGCCCCCGCACUGCUGGCGCACCAUUCAUCCCCCGCGUAGGAGCUCAGGCGUGGAGGCUGCCUCGGUCCCCCGGCCCCUGGCUGGGCCUGCCCGGUUCACUGUUAAACAUCGCUCUCUUCUGGAUGAUCAGAAAAGCAAUGUGAUAAAUCUUUGAUCCAUGUAUAACUUUUUAAAAGUAAGUAUUUUAUAUAUUUUGUUAAAUUUUUUGCGUCAUUCAGAAUGCCAUCAGCAAUAAUAAAAUUGUCAGUGG